AUGUUGUCUUUCUUUCAGGACUGGGACCAGGACAGGGAAAUGGCUGCUCCGGUGGCUGGACAGCAACCCAAUGCUGCCCAGAAUGCUGUCGCCGAACACAGUCUCCCUGGCGUCUUCGUCCCGAAUUGCGCGGGAAAGGUCAUCUUUCCUACGACGCGGCGGAAGCCAUCUGGGGCACAUCAUCCAGUUAUUCCGCCUGCGCCAACUACCAUCGCCGACUGCAGCCUGAUCAGCAAUGGAAACGUCGGAAACGUUUUCUGGGCUCCGCCAGCAACGCCGGCCAUCCGCCGACCUUCCAGAUGCAGGAGCGUGGAUGCCAACGGACAACUGAUUCCCAUCCCUCCUAAGGCAUUUGGAGACACUAUAAAUGCUGGAAACCCUGCCGGUCAUCAAGUUCAAGCGAACAUUCAAAGUCCCUAUGACGUUCCCCAGCAGGCCGCCAACAUGGCUGUUCCGGGACUCCCGCAACUCUCGCAACUCCCGGUCCCAGACAAUACCCCCACGUCCCAGUCAUCCCAGCAAUAUCCUUUGCAGACGGCUUCCUCAAGCACAUCGGCCAGACCUGUGCCCCAAGCUCGACCCCCGGUUGUCAAACUGAACAGUCGACGAAACAGCUCGAAACAUGUCGUCGGUAGUCCAAAGAGACCUGGCUUGAAGCUGCGAGGCAAAUCUCAGAUUUCAGUACAUGACAUCGUCCGGAAAGUUCGAAAUCAUUUGUCUCGCCACCCCGAACGUCAGAAGGCGUCUCCUGGCAAAGCGGGUUCGAGUUCUACGUGCCAGCGAGGUUCUUGUCAGUAUGUUCUUGACGACGGUCAAGUCCAAGAUCUUGUCAACAUUGUUGUCCAGGAAAUCUGCGAGCAUGGUCAUGGCCCAACCGUCACGGGCGACGCUCUUCACAAAAGGUCCGGCAAGCGGGUCGAGGAGGCCAAGCAGGUGGUCAGAAAGCCCAGUUGCCUCAUGAAUGCCACGGAUCCGCAACUUUCGAAUGCGGCAGACCCUGCUACUACUAUCAACGAGCCCCAGACUGCAUUCUUUGCCCGGAGUAGGUCAGAUGGGCAGGUCCGCGCCAAAGUCCGACCUUCGCAAGCUUCUAUCACCACCAUUCUCUCCAAAGACAGCAUUACUAACAUUCAAUGGCACCCGGAGAGCGAAACAGCCUCUGAAAACGAUGAUGCUAUGGACGUACCCACAAGCAGAUCCACAGACGGCCACAAGAUAGCGUCUGAGGGUGGAUCGAACGAACAGUCUCGGCCAGGGCUUGACGAAGACCGGAAGAGUGUACCGAGCGGCAAUGGCGAUGGCGAUCUAAAGAAUAAUCCUGAGAACGAGUCUGAGGACCCCAUCCAGGUGGUCAAGGACUGUGGUCCUGGCCAGGUCAAGCUUCAUACUCUCGACGACGAACCGAGCCCCGUUUCUGAACUCCAAACCGGCGAACCUUCGUUCCAAGGUUUCUCGAUUGGCUCUCAGCUUGUAUCUGAGAUCAACGCCGAGAUAGGGGACAAACAAGAAAAGGCAGAGGUAGAGCAAGGGACUGAGAACCGCGAUCCGAAGCACAGCGCCAAGCAAAAUCACCAGGAAGAGAACGAUCCGAAGAGGGCUCAUCCGACGGAGAUGGAGCAGGACAACAAAUUCGGAAAGACUCUCUUGAAUAAUAGGGACGAGAUCCAGCAAGGCAUAACGUCAUUCCCCCCGCUGAACAAACGCCUCACCAAUGAAUGGGCUAGCCCUUCAACCAGCAUCAUUCACGAAGAGCGGGAAACACAGGAUAUGUAUCAUCUCGGUAUUGACGCUCGACCUGGCGGUAUCUUACCUAUCCCCCAGACUCCAAACAUGCCGCGAGAGUCGGUAAAAUCUAAUUCCAGCCUGUUUCAUCAAGACAUCUUCGACACAAAUGGGCUUUCAAGCGCCCACAAGCUGACCAGGAGGGCAUCUGAAGCCGUCAUUCACAGUACCUCACGUCCUAAGAAUGGCUCGAUUCUGGAGCCACUUGGCCGUCGCGCGACAGACAGCAAAAGUCUGUCUCGCUCCCGAUCUACCCAUUUUGCUGACCUUCCCAAAUUCGAGCCUCCCAAGGACGAGCCCAGCCUCCUACAGAAGCUCACACGCAAGCUGAGCUCGGUAUUCCAGAGCCCCAUGGAGUCUCGCUCCAUGCGUGCGCCUCCACCAUCCUUGGCGAGUAACCGAAUUUCGAGAAAGGUCUCAGAGGUUCUUGACACAACUCGGCCAACCACAGAAGACGAGGAGCCAGAAGCUGGGUAUGUUUCCGAGCCCGAGCCGUCUGCGAUCUAUCAAGCAAUGACGCUGUCAAAGCCAGCGAAGACAGGACGACGCAGCAUUUGUUCCGAAGAUAACCCAUCUCAGAAGGUUGACGCUAUCACGAGCCUAAGAGGGCUGAUUGGGGCAGGCGGACGGUGA